AUGAAGCUCACGUGCCUCUCGCUUCUCGCGGCCGCAACUUACCUCGACGUGCUCGUCAAGCAGAACGCCGGCGUCAUCACCAAGUUCCAAAUCUCGACCACGUACAAGGGGUUGCCGAUCUGGGCCUACAAGAUCUCGACCGGCGCGCGCCCGUCGUCGCUGUACCUCCACGCGCUUCUCCACGCCCGUGAGUGGGUCGCGACGUCGUCGGCGGUGCACACGAUCUCGACGAUCCUCGACAACAUUGCCGCCAAGAAGCCGACGCCGACCGACACGCACGACCUCAUCAUCGUGCCGCUAGUCAACGUCGACGGCUACCGCAUGACGUGGAAUGGCGCGCGCUACCAGCGCAAGAGCGCGAACGAGGUCGACCUCAACCGCAACUGGUACACGCCGAUUGUCAACCCGAACCCGCCGCCGCCGAGCUCGCAGAUCUACCCGGGCCCGUUCUACUUUAGCGAGAAAGAGUCGAUUGGCAUCCGCGACUACCUCCUCAAGAACCGCGCGUCGAUCGACGGCUACAUUGAUCUCCACGCGUUCGCGGCCGAGGUCAUGGCGCCGUUCAGCGACACCAAGCAGCCCGUCGGUGGCGGCCUCGAUGAGAAGUACAAGACGAUGAACACCAAGAUCGCCAAGGCCAUGAGCAUGAAGUACAAGGCGACGCUCUCGCACCAGAUGUACCUCUCGUACGGCUGCUUCCAGGACUACGCGGUCCGCGAGUUUGCCGGCAAGCCGUCGCUCACGAUCGAAAUUGGACGUCCACCACGCCGUACCAUGGAAGAGCUCUCGCUGCGCGACGACGCGCCGUGGCUCGACCUCGACGAGAUCGCCGGCCUCGACCUCAGCGUCUAG